AUGACAUUAAUAUUAUGCUUGUUCACCAUUGCAAUCUCGCUUCUGCUCUCGUCGACUCCAGUCUCUGCUCAUUUCUUCCCCAAUAUCACAUCGAUACCGCCGUUGUUAAAUGCCACAAACGGCCCGUGGGACUCCUUCCGAAACUUCUCCGGCUUCCACGCAGGCGAUAAAUCCGACGGCUUGUCCAAGCUUAAGCACUACUUGCAACACUUCGGUUACAUCACCAACUCCACGUCCAAUUACACUGAUGACUACUUCGACGAUGCCCUCAAAGCCGCCAUCGAGACCUACCAGAAAAACUUCAACCUCAAUGUCACGGGCGAGCUCGACCCACAGACCGUCCAGCAGAUCGUGCGGUCUAGAUGCGGCGUCCCUGAUAUCGUCAAUGGCUCCACGACCAUGAACUCUGGGAAAAAGACGUCAUCGUCUAACAGCACGCACUUCCACACCGUCUCUCACUACAGCUUUUUCCCCGGCACGCCGCGAUGGCCCAACAGCAAGCGGAACCUGACCUACGCGUUCCUGCCUGAAAAUCAGCUCUCAAACGACGUCAAGACCGUGUUCUCUCGCGCCUUCAACCGGUGGUCUAUGGUGACGGCGCUAACAUUCACGCAGACGGAGUCGUUCAACGACGCCGACAUCCAGAUCGCGUUCUUUGUGGGUGACCACUGGGACGGAGAGCCAUUUGACGGUUUACUUGGGACACUGGCCCACGCGUUCUCGCCAACGAACGGACGGCUCCACCUAGACGGCGACGAGAGCUGGGUGGUCUCGGGUGACAUCACCACCUCCUCGUCGACGUCGGCAGUCGACCUCGAGUCGGUGACCGUGCACGAGAUUGGGCAUAUUCUGGGGCUGGGCCACUCCUCGGUGGAGAACGCGAUCAUGUACCCGACGAUUUCGUCUCGGACGAGGAAGGUGGAACUUGCCAAUGAUGAUAUAUUGGGAAUUCAGGAGCUGUACGGAGCCAAUCCCGCUUACAACGGUUCAUCUACAACUCCGGAAGCUCAGAACGAGGGAGGAACCGAUUAUGGUGCAGCCCAGAAAUUGGGUUCUCCAUUGGACCUGAAGUUCGCCGUCGGCAUAGGAUUAUUAUUGUUGUUUUUGUAG